AUGGAGAAGCUACGAAGAAUAGAUGAUGCCGGUGAUAAUCGUUGGGCGGAAUUAGUAUGCAUUAACAUUUUUGUAUUUAAUAUUCAAGUUGCAUUUCUAAGCUGUUCAGUUAAUUUGCUAAAUCAAAAGCAAGAACGAUUCGUUUCGGAAGCGCGCGAUAAGGAAGCUGAUGUUUUAUUUCUGGGCGAUGAUCAUAUAGCUCUGCUUGAACAAUCAAUAAUAUAUCGAGAAAAUUUAGCCCCAUUGCACUGCUUGUGUUUUGGGGCCUUCGGCGACAAAAUCUCCAAUUUAUCGUGGAGGCUUGAAAAUAAUAUUUUAGAAGGCUUGGAUCCUAAGGUGAUUGUUGUAUCGAUUGGCAAUUCGGAUUUUGAUUUAACUGAGAAACAAAUGUUAGAGGCCCUGAAAAGUGUCGCCGGAAUCAUUCGAAAGCAAAAGCCGUCAGCAAAAUUAUAUUUUAUGAAACUUCUUCCAUCAGGAAGAAGACCAAACAAACGACGUGAACUAGUGAAUCGAAUCAAUGAAAGUUUGGAAAAUGUACUAAAAGGUACGAAUGGCCAGAUUGAAUCUCAUUAUAUGUUUGAUUAUGUUCAUCUGACUCAAGAAGGUUAUCGGAAAAUCUAUGAGCCGGUUCUAGUUGCCCAGGAACAUGCUGAUUUUACUCCUCCUCUGUUAACAUAUUUAAAUUUCAAUGUUUGCUUCGGUAAUUCUGGUGUCUACCAGAGGUGUACGGUCACUAAAUCCUUAUUACUUUCGACCACCUUGGCCGAUAUUCUCGAAGGAUGGCGAAAACGAGGUCCCUCAAUACAUGAGCGUUAUCAGCUUCCUGGACAAGAUCGUGAGUUUCCAGAAUUAUCGCCAAAGUUCAAGAAGGAAAAUCCGAAGGAACUAUAUAAUUAUACUGGCGUUCAAGAUGUCGGUUUUGUUGAUCCGGUCACUGAAGAAUUCGUUCAUGUUGAAGAAAUGUAUCCAGAAUUAGUUGUACCAGAUUUACGAGGGUUUCGAUUGUGUCCCUACGUAUCAUAUCGAACUGAUUUUGAGAUUGAAAAGAGGAGAAAAAAGUUUGAAAAAUUGGCAGCCAAAUAUGGUAGUGAAGAGGGUGCUGACUCCGUAGUAUUUGAAGGCGAGAAAUGGCCUCCGCCGAAAACGACACCGCGCUCUUUGUUUGACAUACAUUAUGCGCCAUCAAUAAGACAAAUGUAUAAUGAUGGGGAAUAUUUUACGGAUGCCGAAGAACGAGAUCCACGUUGA